CUGAAAUACACCCCCUCACCACGUUCUCCCUUUUCUCUCCCUCCCCCUCCAGGACUCGACCGACGAGUACGAGGCCGAGGCGUCGAGGGCGAACGCCACGAGCACCUACUUGAUAGAGCAACUCGAGCCCCCCUCCCAGUACGCCACGAGACCCCCUCCCCACAUCCUUCCGCCUCCCCCCUCUCACAAUGACCUCAACAUUGAAGACGGUUAUGAUGAGAUGAUCAGGAACCAGUAUAAUAUAGACCACACCGGCGGCUACGGCACCCUGGGCAGACGGAACCCGGCGCCCGACCACUACAACAUCAACCCCGCAGACAGCCACUACCCGCCGCCCACCCACCGCUACAACACCUACCAGCCGCCCACCCAGCACAUCCUCACCGCCCACAGCCAUGCCCAGAACAACGGGUCCCUUCGGCGGAACCCCCCGUCUAAGCUCCACUUCCCGAAGGACUACAUUCGCAACGGGUCCAUGAACAUCCCCGGGGGCACAGGCGGCGCAGGCACGGUCGGGAGCCAGUACAGCAACAAGCCGCAGUCGCCGACGCGCACCCACGCCCCCAUGCUAUCCACCUUCGCUCCCGACCCGCAGCAGAUAACGUCCGGCAUCCCGCUGGAGCACCGGGGCCACCUGGUGUGAGGGGGCUGCCAGUAGGCCUUCGGGCAGACGCCGAGCUUUUCUCUUUCUGAAAGGGACUUAGGUUUGCUUUUUUCAGAAGAUCGUGAGGCUCAAUUUGAGUGUUGUUACUGAUCGUGAAUGAAGACCCAAACGCGAGAGGUGACGUGGUCUGAAAACAGCAUGAUUCACUCGAGUCUUACAGUUAACGGUGAACAAUUCACCUGGCUUAUUCAUAGACAAGCCACUUGGAAAACUGUCCCUCCUGAUAUCCCUUAGUGUCCUUUCGGGGGGCGGUUUUAAGCCCGAUCUCAGAUACCUUGAACUCAACGCCUGAGCUGAGGAUCUUCGCCAAAACUUCGAUGACACGAAGUACUUAAGGAGCGGUGUUGCUGAGGUGCCGUAAUCAAAGUGAACAUGCCAAAAAUACUUAAAGCUAACGCAUCGGGGAAAAGCAGUUUGGCAAAUGGUGCUGUGUGUGGGUAUGUGCAGAAGGUCGUUGGAGAGACUGUGAGAAUAAGUUAGAAGACUUAUUUGGAAUAGCUUUCAGACUGCUUGACGAAUGAGGAUGGAAAAUGUGUGUCGUAAAUUCGGUUGUGCUGGAAUAUAGGAAGUUUCGUGCGCGUAUAUUGGUAAAGGUGUCAUUUACUACACAUUGUGUGAACGCUACCAUGUGUCUAAUUCCUUGUCAGUUUCAGAAAAGUGACUGAAGUGACAGUGAUAACAUAUCAUUUGCACAAGGCGAUAAGAGUGUUGACAGAGUGAUGUGAACAAGAGAAUCACACAAUGAUGCUCAAUAAUGUGAUGUAACAUUUGUAAGUUUUUAUAUUUUAGGCCUUUAUGAAAGUAUUUUGCAGGAUUUAGUGAAUUCCCUCUCUCGCGACAGGGAUGAAAAUUCACACACAAUAAUCUGAUGUGAUAAAUGCCCGUAUAGAGGAUAAGCAAGACUUUGACCUUUUGCCUGCUUUAAACUCCCAUGUGAUGUGACAAUCAUGUGAUAAUGGAACUGGAAGGUCGGAGCACAAGAAGAAGGAUGAUCCAGGCAAACGGAAGUGCCUUUUAGUGAGUUAGUAUGUCAGUGGUAGGACACACUUUAGGAGGAAAAUAUUUUUUCUCUGACUCUAAGGUGAAAACGCCAUUUUUCCUUGUUUACCUCUCCCACUUUCGGAGACGGUAAAGGACUCGAGAAAAGUGUGUUCUAUAUCUAUCAUUCAUUGCCAAAGCAACGUACUAUGACUGUACGUUUCUAUUCUGGGGUACUUUUUAUUUACUUUUAGAGGUAAAUGUUUAGUUUACUUUAAAAGAAGAAA